GGGCUGUAUCCUGGAUUUCAAGGAUCCUUGACAAUGCUCCAGGAGUCCUAUAGGAGGUUCUAGGAGGCCAUGAGAAAGUUUCAUUGGUUCUAGGGGUUGUUCCCUAGAUGUUCUAGUUGUGCUUGGUGAGAGUCCAAUGUUCACUGAGUGUGUGGAGAAAUAUGAGGACAUGAAGCUGAACCAGGCUUUUCUCAGUGUUAAUAUUUUGACCGUAGUAUUGAUUUUCUAUUUGCACUAUUAAAGGAUCUGAUCUAUGAAGAGUGUGGUCCUUUAACAGACUGUAUAUCUUCUCUUGUUCCAUCAUGCAACACUCAAAAGAAAUGGAGCACCCCUAUUGUUAUUAUUUUUAAGUCAUUUUUUUUUCUUUUUUUCCUUUAUUUUGAUAGGUGCAGUGAGAGAGGGACAGGAAAGUCAGGAAGAGAGAGAUGGGAUGUCAUCCAGCAAAGGGCCGUGGGUCGGACUCAAACGAACGGCUGCUGCAUUAGGACUAAACCCAUGUGGAACGUGCUCUGUCAUUUCAGCACUGCGAAUAAUCUGCGACCCACCUCCACCCCUUCUCCACCUCAACCAUGGACGCCAGACCAUCUCCAAUCAAACCAUCCAAUCAGAAGUUCCCUCAUUAAGACGUUCCCAUUCGCUGAACUCCAUUCCUUAUCACCACCACCAGUGUCUAGACUCCGGGGGAAGAUUCCUCUUAUUGGAAGUACCUUAAACCUAUGGAUCUUGUUCAUAGUGAUCCACUUCCUGCCGGCGUGUAAGGGCCAAAAUCCUUCUGUUCAUAAUAAAUUUCAUUUUCAUGAUUGAGUUUUAGCUAAGAUGGAAUGAUUCACACAAUUUAACAAACUGUGUUCUGUAAUUUAACAUUAGUCUGUUUUUACUGGAUGAUUAAUUUCUUUUCAAGUAAGUAAACCGCAUAUUGUUCAUGUGUGCUUGAUGUAUUGUUCUCAUAAAUGUUUUAACCAGUUAACCUUAUGCAAAUCUAUGCAAAAUGUGACAUACCCAUUAUUUCAUACUCUGACCACUGUUAUGAUUGUUUGAACCAAAAUGAGGAUCAUGAUAAACUCUACACAGGUUUCUUACUUCACUCUUGCUGCGUACUUUGAUACCAGACAUUUCAAAUACUUGUUUUUUAUGAUUCUCACAUCUUUAUAUCUUCUGAUUAUCUGUGCCAAUGUUCUGCUGAUUGUGGUUAUCUGUCUGAACAGAAGCUUACAUGAACCCAUGUACCUGUUUCUGUGCAGCCUGUUUGUAAAUGAACUGUAUGGUAGCACAGGGUUGUUUCCAUUCCUGCUGGUUCAGAUCCUCUCUGACAUUCACACUGUUUCUGUGCCUUUUUGUUUCCUGCAGAUUUUCUGUUUGUACUCUUAUGGAGGUGUCGAGUUUUUUACCUUAGCCAUCAUGUCUUAUGACAGAUACCUGGCCAUCUGUUAUCCUCUACAAUAUAACACACGUAUGACAUCAAAUAAGGUUACCAUGCUUACUUCUCUAGUAUGGUUCUACCCUUUUCUUAGCAAUAUUUUCAUAGUGUAUUGUCUGACUGCUUCUUUACAGCUGUGUGGGAACAAUAUUAACAAAGUGUACUGUGACAAUUAUUAUAUUGUCAAACUGGCCUGCUCUGACACAACUGUCAAUAACGUCUUUGGGCUUGUUCACAUGUUUACAGUAAUUUUUGGUCUUAUAAUGUUGAUCCUUUACACUUACAUGAGGAUUCUCAAAGUGUGUUUUUCUGGCUCUAAACAGACCAGACAGAAAGCUGUCAGCACCUGCACACCUCACCUCGCUUCUCUGCUCAACUUCUCCUUCGGCUGUUUCUUUGAAAUAGUGCAGAGCAGGUUUAAUUUGAACAGUUUACCCAAUAUAUUACGCAUUGUUUUGUCAUUAUAUUGGCUUACAUGCCAGCCACUCGUCAACCCUUUACUGUAUGGACUGAAAAUGUCCAAAAUACGCCUUGUAUAUAAAAGUCUGCUCUUUAGGAAAAAAAUGUGA